AUGGGCGAGACCUGUGUUUAUGAUACCGACACAAAAGAUACGAACACUGGUCCUACUACUCCCUCGGUGAAGGCGGAUGAUCUAAAAGAACCCCCUGUGAAGAGAGAAGCAUCGCCUAAACCCCCAACCGAAAAUAAGCCGUUGCCGAGCAAUCGGAAGAAAAAUUCCAAACCCCACGCAAAUGAAGCUAGUUUGCUAGUGAGCAAUCUGCCGACGACCGAGACUGAUGCGCAGCGUCAGGCAGCGCAAGAAAUUGACCUCCCACCUGGUUGUCUCCUGCUCAAUCGCAUGAGAAUGCGGUUUUUACAUACGCCAUUCUGGGGCUUUGUGAAUGGUCAGGGUAAUAUCUCUGCGUCAUUCUUCGAUGAAGGGCGACCGAAUCAAGAUAUGGCGGACGACUGUAUGGCCAUAGUUCGUGAAUCUCUCCCGUCAUUGGCGAUAUCAGAUGCCUUGGUGCGCUCCUUUAUGAUAAGUGUGCAACCAAUCAUUACUGUGGUAAACUCCUUCGUCUUUUAUAUGACUUAUGAUGAUUUUUGGGAGGGGAUCAAUAGCAAAGAAGACAAGGUACCAGCCAGAUUGGUUUUCGAUCCCACAUGGUUCUGCGCUUUUCAGGCUCUUCUAUUUGCAGGUGCGGCAGCAGCACCAGACGCAUUCUGGAAAUCCGAUGUUAUGAAGGAGUAUCCUUAUACUCGGAAAGAAGCCAUGGCUAUAUUCCAAGAUACUACCACUCGGAGUUUGGAGGCGUGUGAACAUGAGGAACACCCCACUAUGUAUAGUCUUGCUGCAUCAAUCCUACUUCAUCAUUUCACCGAACAUACCCCUCUGAAAUCCGCUCUCUUUGUGAGCCAAGCUAUUCGUCUGGCUCAGAGCAUGGGUAUUGAUGAUGAUGAUAAGAAAACGUUGGCCAACUUGGGAGACAUGCCACGACUCGUGUGGUGGCACUUAGUCUCGUUAGACAUGCAAAUAAGUCUUUCAAGUGGGCUGCUACCCUGUCUUUCGAGGAAGACGCUUGAAAACAAGCGUCCGCCAGUCAAGCAGUCCGUCGACGAGUCAGAGCAUCCCCCAUCUUUAAUUAUGGCAUAUUCUUCAUGUUGGAGUCAGACUGUGUUCAUUCAGAGUGGUUUGAUCAGAGAAUCCCGAACCUCGCCGACCUUUACAUGGUUCGUCUCAUUCAAUAUGGAGCGCAUUCGAUUGCACCUUGACAUGAUCGACCGCGAGAGCAAAGAUAUCCGUGUACAAGGCUGUCCUGAGAAAGGAGUGAUUCCCGUUUUGCUAGCCUUAGCAACCCCAGAAACCCACUUUGAAGCUUACGAGGACGAUAUGCCACUGGUGGGUGUGCUGAGCACGUGGUAUAGGGUGAUGAUCACACUGCUCAAGCUAGAGGUGGUGAUCAUGUUCCAAAAAACACUUCUUCCGCCCCCAGAUGAGAACACCAAUUUCAGGACAGUCUCUUGGAACAGCAUCGUCUUCUUAUGCAUGAAGUAUCUGCAAUCCUUCCUACACCUUUGCAGAGUCCCAGCUUUCGAGCCGUACUAUUGGUUCCAGUCAAAGUACUAUGCCCCCCAGCAGUGUGCUCUAUUGAUCCUGAUCUUCCUCAAACACGACAUCCCAGUCGAUAAAUAUAAGAAGGCGGAGAUGAUCGCCUACGUGGAUGAGAUCCUUGAAUUCUGUGUUCUGAAUUACCGCAGGAAAAUGGGUCUUGAAGACCUCGGGGAUUCCAAAUUCAGUGUUUCAAAUUACGGCAAGAAGAAGGGAACACAGAGCUCUAAAUACUCCAAAGGGGAUGAGACUGGGCUCUCUAACGAAUUAAAGGUUCUAGUUCGACUUCACAAGGGUGAGGCACCGGGUACUUAUACGACGAAACCCAAAGAUAUGAAUUGGGAUUAUGAACCAAACACGCUGGAUGUCGAGGCCGUUAGAAAAGUAUUCGACUUGAGGACGUGGCAUCCAUAUUUGGCACCAAUUUUUUGA